ACACACGGUCGGGGCGCCUGGAGAAGGGCGGCUGGUCACGCGCCACCCAGGGUCCGGGCCCCUGCACGAUCUGCAGGCGAGCUCGGGGACGGGGCCCACCCACCCCACCUCUGGAUCGCAGGCCACACAGAAGCUUCCGCCUCCUUCCUGGCCCCCCUCCGGACCUCCCCGGGGAGGCUCGGCGGGUGUGGACUGGACUGAGGUGGAACGAGUUCUGUAGCUCAGACGGCAGCCCCGGUGGUUUCGGGUGUGAGGGCAGAGGCCCAGCUGGAGAAGGCGAUCAGGGCGGACGAAGCCGGCGCUCCCGGGUCUGGGUGGAUCCUGGUCGGAGCGUAACUCUUAGUAGGGAGUGAGAAAGUCGCCCCCUUGGAGCAGUUCGUCCCAGAGGGUUUCCUCGAAAGUACUGAGAGGGAGCAGUUGUUGACCCAGGGAAUCUCUCUGUUUAGCCCCGGAAGCCACCCGCUGAAAAAGAUGCCUGGCUUCAACAGAUUGUUUCCCCUGGCUUCCCUCCUGCUCAUUUUGUGGGCUGGCGUCUGCUACCCUGUGUGUGUGGAAGUGCCCUCGGAGACGGAAGCGGUUCGGGGCAAUCCCAUGAAGCUGCGCUGUAUCUCCUGCAUGAAGAGGGAGGACGUUGAGGCCACCACGGUGGUGGAAUGGUUCUACAGGCCUGAGGGCGGUAAAGAUUUCCUUAUCUAUGAGUAUCGGAACGGCCACCAGGAGGUGGAGAGCCCCUUCCAGGGACGCCUGCAGUGGAACGGGAGCAAAGACUUGCAGGACGUGUCCAUCACUGUGCUCAAUGUCACCCUGAACGACUCUGGCCUCUACACCUGCAACGUGUCCCGGGAGUUUGAGUUUGAGGCACAUCGCCCCUUCGUGAAGACCACCCGGCUGAUCCCCCUCCGUGUCACCGAGGAGGCUGGAGAGGACUUCACCUCUGUGGUCUCAGAAAUCAUGAUGUACAUCCUCCUGGUAUUCCUCACUCUGUGGCUGCUCAUCGAGAUGAUAUAUUGCUACAGGAAGGUCUCAAAGGCCGAAGAGGCAGCCCAAGAAAAUGCGUCUGACUACCUGGCGAUCCCAUCGGAGAACAAAGAGAACUCUGCGGUACCAGUGGAGGAAUAGAAGGGGGCAACCGGAGGUGGCCUGAACACUGAAGCGCUGGCUACCCCAUGUUCAGUGAUGUCAACAGC